CGCACACCCCUCCUCCCCUAGAGGAGCGAGCGAACAGGCGGCGCGGCGGCGGCGGUGGCGGCGCAGCGAGAGGGUCCCGGAGCCCAGAGCGGCCUCCGCCACGCACCCGCCCCCGGGCGGGGACCCCGAGCGCGGGGAUGGAGCCGGCCAAGGAUUGAAGACUAAGCUUUGAUCUAUGUCCCAGCUGUUCCCAACUGCCUGCAAGGAAUUCAUGAUCACAUGACCCUGGAUAUGGAUGUCGUCUUGUCGGAUUUUGUUCGCUCAACGGGGGCAGAGCCAGGACUUGCCAGAGACCUACUUGAAGGUAAAAACUGGGAUGUGAAUGCAGCACUAAGUGACUUUGAACAGCUGAGGCAAGUGCAUGCUGGGAACCUGCCGCAUUCCUUCAAUGAAGGGCGCAACUUUAAAUCCUUGGAAAAAGAAGCUCCUCGACCGGUGAGGCCACCGCUCCAGCGGCAAGAUGACAUUGUUCAAGAGAAACGUCUGUCUCGGGGCAUUUCCCAUGCUAGCUCCACCAUUGUCUCUUUGGCCCGCUCCCACGUCUCCAGCAAUGGUAGCAGUGAACAUCUGUUGGAGAUGCCCAUUUGCACUUUCCAGUUACCCGAUCUCACUGUGUACACAGAAGAAUUUCGCAGUUUCAUUGAGCGAGAUCUCAUUGAGCAGUCUAUGCUGGUAGCAUUGGAACAGGCUGGUCGCCUGAACUGGUGGGCUAACGUUGAUCCCAGCUGCCAAAGGCUACUUCCUUUGGCGACGACAGGCGACGGAAACUGCCUGCUUCAUGCUGCCUCCCUCGGCAUGUGGGGUUUCCACGAUAGAGAUCUCAUGCUUCGCAAAUCGCUUUAUACCUUAAUGGAUAAAGGUGUGGAAAGGGAAGCUCUCAAGCGGAGGUGGCGGUGGCAGCAAACACAGCAGAACAAAGAGUCUGGCCUUGUUUACACAGAAGAGGAGUGGCAAAAGGAAUGGAAUGAACUAAUCAAGCUUGCAUCCAGUGAGCCCCGCAUGCAUUAUGGUACAAACAGCGGCAGCUGUGGAGGUGUUGACAGCUCUGAAGAGCCAGUGUACGAGAGCCUGGAGGAGUUCCAUGUCUUUGUUCUUGCCCAUGUGCUAAAGAGGCCUAUUGUAGUAGUGGCAGACACUAUGCUGCGAGACUCUGGAGGAGAAGCAUUUGCCCCUAUACCGUUUGGAGGCAUCUAUCUGCCCCUGGAGGUUCCAGCCAACAAAUGUCAUCGCUCUCCUUUGGUAUUGGCAUAUGAUCAAGCCCAUUUUUCUGCACUAGUAUCCAUGGAGCAGAAGGAACCCAUAAAAAAUCAAGCAGUGAUCCCUCUGACUGACUCUGAACACAAACUGCUUCCCGUGCACUUCGCUGUGGAUCCUGGGAAAGAAUGGGAGUGGGACAGAGAUGACACUGAUAAUGUCAAACUAGCAAGUGUGACAUUAUCGUUGGAAGCAAAACUACAUUUGCUGCACAGUUACAUGAAUGUUAAGUGGAUCACCUUGCCGUGUGAAAUGCAGGCCCCUCUAGCCCAGCCAGAAUCCCCUACUGCUUCCGCUGGAGAUGAUGCCCGCUCAGCUGCGGAAUCUGGGGAGUCAGACAAGGAAUCUGUCUGCAGUAGUACCACCAGCAAUGGUGGCAGUAAGAGCAGCAAAGACAAGGAGAAAGAGAAGCCAAAGAGAGACCGAGAGAAGGACAAAGACAAGGAAAAAGAGAAGAAACGGGCCGACUCGGUUGCUAAUAAGCUGGGCAGCUUUGGCAAGACUUUGGGAAGUAAGCUAAAAAAGAACAUGGGUGGCUUGAUGCACAGUAAAACUGUCAAAGGAGGAGUGAGCAAUGGGCAGGGGGAAACCUUGGAGAAGAAGAAGAAAGGAUCUUUAAAGACGAGGAAAGGCAGCAAAGAAGAAACUUCCCAAGGGGAUUUGUCAGCCUCUGCUGAGAAAACCUGCCCAGGCCAAGUGAGCACAGAGAAGCAGUCGGAUCCCUAUAAAUACAGCAACGACGUGAAGCUUAGCCUGAGCAUCCUGCGAGCCGCCAUGCAGGGCGAGCGGAAGUUUAUCUUCGCUGGCCACCUCAAGACCAGCAACCGGCACCAGUACCAGGAAGAGAUGAUCCAGAGGUACCUUUCUGAUGCCGAGGAGCGCUUCUUGGCUGAGCAGAAGCAAAAGGAGGUAGAGAAGAAGGCCUUUGCGAACGGCACUGCUGCCAAGAAGCUGGAGCCAGAGGCUAAUCUUCACAAAAGCGAGGAUGUGCUACUGAAUCCAUCCUACCCCCAGUUGCCUCCUAGUUACAGCAUUCAGACCUCGGAGCAUGUCAUAGGAGCUAAAAUGACAGCUUUUCCUUCCAGCUACUCAGGGGUCUUUACCAUUCCCCGGCCUGCUGUGGUCAACUGUGUAGAAGGCGCACAUCCCCCCAGCUAUCAAGAUACCAGGAGGCAGGUAGCAGGUGGGUCCUGCAGCAGCCUUCCUCCCUAUGCUACCUUACCCAGACAUUGCACUCAGGGGCGGCCUCACCCAUACCAAACUAGCCCUUCCCACCUGGGACGGUUCUCCCCAACAGAGAUGGAUGUACCCCCAAAUUACCCGGUCGAGUGCGACGGCCCUUCCUGCGUGCCCCCCCACAGCAAUGGCUACAGGGAAUCCCUAGAGCAGGACAGCUUGCAAAAGGGAGCAAACGGGGACAAAAGCAAAAGCCGAAUACUUUAUAACGUUCAGCAGACGAAAUGCAAGCAGCCGAACUGCAGUUUUUACGGGCAUCCAGAAACUGGGAAUUUCUGCUCCUGCUGUUACAAAGAGGAACUGAAACGCAAAGAAAGGGAACGAGAAGCACUAAUACAUAGGUUCUGAAGAGUCUGGCUAGCGCUGACAUUUGGACCCAUGAAGUAUGGGGAAUGCAAUAAUUUUCCAUGCUCCUCUCUCCCUCUUCAUAGGAGGGUGGGGAUGGCUAGCUGGGGUAACAGAUGUGAUUCCACUCCAGUGUUCUAGUGGUGAUCCAUUUAAAUAGAGCGGGGGAGAACAAAACUUUCCUUCCAGGAGAGAGGGGGAUGCUAUCACCGGUUUCUUCUGGCAAAGGGUGACUAAGAUUAGCAAGCCCCUGUAGGAGGCAUGCUUGAGUCAGAGCACAUGGUGAAGCAGGGAAUAAGACACCAGGUUCUUAAAAUGAUCAAAUCAACAAGACCAAAGCUUUAAGUGAAGGCACGUGGAGAAUACCGUGACUGUGUCCUUUUUAGUUGGAUUCCAACUUAAACUAAUUUAAAAUAGCUUUUCAGAGGAGUUAGCAAAACAGCCCAGCAAUUUUAGUUUAAAUAUCAUGGACCUUUUUAACAAGAGAUUUUAACAUUGUUUUUAUGCUUUGCUGGUACUGAAAAGAAUUUAAAGUUGGAACUGGACGGUUUCAGUGUAGUGGCUCUGAAGGGGGCCCUCACCUCCAGACCCAUCUCCAUCCUAUGUCUUCUGAGCGUGCCUCUUACCAGCAGGCUCAGGGCUCUACCCGUUAGAUGGGCUUGACUAUAUUUUUUUAAAUUUUAUUUUUAAACUUUUUGUGGGGGUGGGAGGGCUGCAAUACCGAGUGUUUGCAUUUUCUUACAGAAGUACUGUGCAAAAUGAUUCUGUUAGGGAUACAGUCAAACCUACUUAGUAAGAAUCAAUAAGAAAAUGAAGUCGGUGUCUCCACCGAGCAAUAACCAUCAGUGCGGAGAAGUAGAAGUGGAAAGGAUGCAUCAAGCACCCUGCAGCACUGGAAACUAAAUCUAUACCAGUUUGCUGCUAUUUUUACACACAUGCACUCUCUCUCUCUCUCUCUCUCUCUCUCUCUCUAACUUGAUUUUUUCUAUUUGAGCAAAUUAUUUCCAUACUACCUCUGUUGUGCUGAAUAGCGUUAAUUUGGCUCUGUUUUGUUGAGCCAUAGCUGACAUUUGAACAAUGGGUAAUAAAGAUAUUUUUUUGAUAACCGGGCUAAAGGAACUGUAAUAAGUACAGCAUAGCUAUUACAUAAUUUUAAACACACUUUUAUUACGUGGUCCACAACUUUCCCUCCCUGAGUCCCCUGCAGCAUUAGUGUGGACGGGACCUUUAUGUCCACGUUAUUUUGCGGGUAGGCAGAACUUUAGCACUGCAGUGUUUGCACAGACAUUUGUAAAGAUAGACCCCAAACUGGAGCAGUCCUCAUUCCAGUUUUGUACAGAGCAGGAGUAAACAUUUGAAAUAAAAUUUGAAUCGUAAUGAUAAAUUAAAAGCUUUACAACAUUCCCUUUUCGUUUAAGAAGGCAUAACUAUGCAAUUUUCCAUUUUAAGUCUGCCCAUUGUCCUUAACUUGGGGGAGGGAAGGCUCAGCAAAGAAAGUGAAAGUAUACUUGUACUGGAAAAUGACCUUCGGGCCUUAUUCUCUUUUACCCAGGCUGUGUCUGAACACUCAAAUUGCACCAGUUUAAUGCAAGUGUGUUUUUAAAUGACUGAUGCCUUGUCUAUAGGGAAAAGUUGUACCAGUUUAACUAAAGGUGUGCUUUUAAAAUGGACAGACUCUUUUCCCAUUAGGAAUCAACUUAAGCUAAACCAAAAGAAGCUGCUCUUAAACCAAAAGAAGUGUCCACAAAAGGAGUUUGCACUGGCGUAACUUAACUGAUUUAUUAAACCAGUGUAACUUUCUUGCGUAGAUAAGGUUUUAUUUAAAAUGGUGCUAACCCCCUGUGGAUAUUAUUUUGGCUGGAAUGCCUUAUUUCUGUUUAGCUUAAACUUCUUUCUAAUUGACUGAAGCUAGAAGUCAGGUGACUAGUGACAUGAGUGUCCACUCGGCCUCUUCCACUGGUUUCACUAAAUUGAUUUUAAAUCACACCUUUAAUUAAACUGGUGCUGCUUUGUGUUUAGACAAUCAGAAGCCCCUGUACACAGCUGUGGCAGUGUAAAGGGUCCCACAAGUACGGUAACUAUAAUUGACAGAUACCACUUUAUACUGCCAGAGUGGUAGAUCCAAGUCUGAGUGUAACAGAAUAAUGCCCCAGGUGUUUAGUUUGAGUGUUAUAUUCUCAUUGUGUUUCCUGGCUGUUUUUCUUUCCCAGGAACCAAAACAACAGCUCCAUAUUUGCUACGCUGAUAAAAUAUCAGCCUUCGGACUUAUUUCCUUUUCUAAAAGGGGAUCUGUCUCCCGUUCUGGGCUGAUUCCAGUAUGCUAUCAGCAUUGUUCCAUCCAGACCAAACUGAUGAAAGAACAAUGACUGUUCUCCCUGCUGUCAGGUAAAUGAGUCUGCAGCAUGCUUCAUGAGGGUGAUGUAAGCCAAGGUUUUUCAAAAGUGCCUAGUGAUUUUUGGGCACCCAGCCAAGGCCUCGUUCUCAGAAGCACUUUCUCAGUCAGACCCCUCUAAGGUAUCUGAAGUUGGGCCCCCAAGGCUUGAGAUCCAAAACCACUAGUUGCUUUAGAAAAUCUUAGCUGUACAGAGUAAAUUGAAAUUAACCAACCGGUUUCAGGGCAGCUUCGCUUAUUUUGUAAGCUGACAUCCACACGUAAUACUAGUUAAAAAUAAUAGACUAGCUAGGAAGAUGCAAGUUACAAACACUGAAUCAAUUCACUCUUCUAAAAGGAAUUCAUUUGAAAUCUCUUGAGUUUUUGCUACAAAGAUUCACUGCUCUUACUUUAUUCUCUUUAAAAACAGCUUAGCUGGGUGCUUUAAUUCUCUAGUGGCAGCGCUCACUGACAGUAUAUUCUUAUUAAUGAAGUUUGACUGUAUUGUCCUUUCUCUCCGAAGACUGUUUGAACCCAGCUUGCUGUACUAUGGUGUGAAUGUAAACCUGUACAUAGUGGAUAGGAGUCUGAAAGCGUGAAAGAGAAACACACAAAGUCAGACUCUCAUAUGCCAGGAUCCGAUUGCUCAGUAGUUUGGCAAAGAGACAGUGGAAGUUUAGCAGGUGAAGGGCAAGUUUCCUCAAACAUUUGUUCUCCCAUUUAACCCAGCUCUGCAAUUUUUGCACAAGAAGAACUCCCCUUAACUACCCUGGGAGCUGAGACUGCAGGAUGGGGCCCUGACCACAGGCGGCUGCUGCUGUGUGUCGUCCGUUAUUAGACAGAAGUUUCUGUAGGAUCUUACCCUCGUGGUCAGUUUCUGGCAUUUGCUUGUCUGCCAUUUUUUUAUUGCAGUUUAGGUAUAGUUCAUAGCUUUUUUUAAUCAAAAAAGAAAAAUUUGAACUUCAAACAAAGUUAAGUUUCCAAUUAAAAAAAAAUUUGAAGAGUAUUUUUUCUAUAAACUACAGAGUUUCAACUAUUACCCUGAGCAUAACUGAUUCCAAAGCUUUCCCGCCUUAAUAUGUCAUAAUGAAUUGACUAGAAAGGUAUCUAUUGAAUUUCUGUAGAGCUGCUAGGAUUUUUUCAGGUCAUUUGUUUCCUUGUGGUGUGUGUGUGUGUGUGUGUGUGUGUGUGUGUGUGUGUUUUAAAAAAGGGAUGAUUAAAUAUACAUUUUAUAUUUAUUAAGACAGUAUUAACAGUCAGUUUUCCUUUGCAUAAACAUACUGAAUCGAUUGCCCAUGCAGCAUUAAUCUUCCUGUAGUGGGGCUGAGUAUUUACGGUACUUUAUUUUUUUUUUUAAGGAGACGGGAGUGAGUUGGGAGGGCGGGAGGGAAGAAGAGCAGCAGUGUGGACUCCAAAGCACCUUUGUUUUAAAAUGAGCACCAAAUGCUCCACCCUUCCAAGAACCAAACAGGAGGGGGCUUUUCCGUGUCUGCUGGCCUGGCAGGAUUCCCAUGGAGACUAGUGAGGACAACGCGCACGCACCAGAGGCAGAACAGGCUCCUGGAGAACUUGCAUAAGAGAUGGGAAAAGGGGAGGAUGCCAUUUGAUUUGGUCUUAAAACAAGUGCACUUAGUGGUGCAGUUGGAAGAAACGUUGCUUGCCAUUGGGACCUGGAUAGUCCCGGGCAGCCUCUUAUUCUGCACUGUCCUGGCUCCUGAGAGAUACACUAGAGGCUUUUUUAUAGGUUAAAAUAUUUAAUGAACCAUUAAAGAGCAUUUUAACUGUCCUACACCUUUGUUUUACACUCCAGCUCUGUUGCAGGGAAGGCACCAUAGGAUAUGUCAUUAUAGUAUUUCACCUACUAGACUUUAAUUCUACAAGAUCUGCUGCAUCAUUUGAUUUUAAAGACCAAUUUUUAGAGCCAUGGAUGUGAUUAGCAGGUCUGGAGAAUCUCCAUAGAAGGGUUUAGCGCACAGGCUGGUUUUCAUUAGUCAUAAGUGACCUGAAUUAAUUCUUCAAUUGCUUAUUGAUAAACUUUUUUUUUAAUUUAAUUUAAAUAUUGGGUUGGCAAAUUUUUACUCUAGUUUAAAUGCACUGCUGUAAUGAACACUAGAUGGCGCUUUGUAACCAGUCUUAUUACAUGGUAUACUUUCAUUUAUGCUACCAUAGAUUUCACUGAUCAAUAAAAAGAAAAGUUCAACUAA